GCCUCAGUACAGCAUGCGUGCCACUUUAAGAGUUUAACUCCAAACCAUUAACCAAUAUGCUUAAAAAAAUAAUACAGUGUCCAUGUUAUUUCGAAGUCUGUCGUUCACCCAUUGAUCAUCUUGGUUAUAAAUAGAGAUAGCCUCAAGGAUUUUGUAUGCGUCUCCAUUUGCCGUAGCUAGCUUGCAGUUGUAAUUGAGAAAAAAUAUAUUUUGAUGAUGAAGAUGUCAAAGAGCUUUAAGGGUUAUUCUUUGUUUCUUGCCUUUUUGAUGUUUUGUGCUGUUGUGAGGUCGCAGCUAACCUCUGAUUUCUACUCCAACACAUGCCCAAAUCUCCUUAGCAUUGUGAGAAAACAGGUUCAAAAUGCUAUAAAGAGUGAGAUGAGAAUGGCUGCAUCUUUGCUGCGACUUCACUUUCAUGACUGCUUUGUCAAUGGUUGUGAUGCAUCAAUUCUGUUGGAUGGAAGUGAUAGUGAGAAACUUGCAGGCCCAAAUCUAAACUCUGCAAGAGGUUUUGAAGUGAUAGACCAGAUAAAAAGUUCUGUAGAGAGUGCAUGUAGUGGCAUAGUGUCAUGUGCUGAUAUAUUAGCCAUAGCUGCUCGAGAUUCGGUUCUCCUUAGUGGAGGACCGACGUGGAAAGUUUUAUUAGGAAGAAGGGAUGGUAUGGCAGCAAACCAAUCUGGAGCAAAUACAGGGCUUCCCUCCCCAUUAGAGGCAUUAGAUGUAAUCACUGCAAAGUUUGUUGCUGUAGGCCUUAAUCUCACAGAUGUUGUGUCCUUAUCAGGAGGUCACACAAUUGGAUUAGCAAGGUGUGCCACUUUCAGCAAUCGGUUGUUCAACUUUUCCGGCACUGGAGUUGCAGACACCACCAUGGACACCGACAUGGCCUCCGAUCUACAAGCACUGUGCCCACAAAACAGCGAUGGAAAUGCUACCACCGCGCUUGAUCGUAACUCCACCGAUCUAUUCGAUAACCAUUACUUCAAGAAUUUGCUCAACGCGAAGGGCCUUCUUAGUUCUGACCAAAUUCUCCACUCCACCAACAGUGACGCUUCCUCGGCGUUCACCAAAACCCUAGUAGAAAGCUACAGCAGUAAUUCAGGUCUCUUCUUUUCGGAUUUCGUCACUUCCAUGAUCAAAAUGGGAAACUCAAAUCCCCUCACUGGCUCUGCUGGAGAGAUUCGUAAGAGCUGCAGGAGUGUUAACUCCCAAGUUGCUCGUAGUUAAUAUGCGAGCACAGUAGUCGUACGUCUUAUAAAUAGAUUUUUCACUCGUAUAAAAAGAAUUUACUGUAUCAUUCAUAUAUUAUUUUAUAUAUCAAAACUAAAAAAUUAUUUUCAUUUCAAAAAUUUCAUCUCGGAUAGUGUCGAGAGUAGACACGAGGAUGGGCCCACACCCAAGUGGGUCCCACACUUUGGAAAUGGGUUUUUGAAGUCUUAAUAAUUGUUUAGUUUUUAUAUAUAAAAACAUAUAUGGGUGGUGGAGUUAGGUCUUUAUAUAUAAAUAAGUAUUCAUAAGAUUUAUGUAAGUUUUAAAAAGAGAUCUUUUAGAUUUAUGUAAGUUUUAAAAAGAGAUCUUUUAUAUUAGAUUUGAAGUUGACUUACGUUUUACUUGUUGAUUGAAUUUGGAAUCUUUCGGUAACGAUUGGGUCUAAUCGACGUAGUAAGUUGGAACAUUUUUGAAAUUUAUCUAAAUUUCAAAAAUUAACAAAAAAAAAAAAAAAAAAGAAUAAAAACUUUGACUAUUUUGAUUAGACUCCAUCUCUCAUCCACUACAUCCACAUUUAAUAAACAAGUGAAACAUGAGUUAUCAAAUAUGAUGAGAUCUCUUUUUGUACUCCAACAUAAAUGGUGUGUGUGUGUGUGUGUAUCAUAUAUAUGCUUGUAGGUAUGAUCGAUAUGUAAGGAUGUUUGUAAGCUUCUCUAAGGUUGUUCUAGUUGUUUUGUGUAUAUUAAAUAAAGCAACUUUAGAAAUUUGUCC